ACAACAGAUUCGGAUGCAGCUGAAGACUGGUCGAUGCUCUCAUGCGCGCGCCGGCCGGCCGGCCGGCCUGUAGACGAUUGUACAGGUGAUUUUCAUAGUGAAAUGCCGUGACACCUGUAUCACGAUCACGAAUUGUGCUAUUAUUGCACAAGCGAUCACAUGACAACCGUGACAGAUAGCAUUGUGAGUCAGUCAGUCCACAGAGCUGGUUGACUUUGAUCAUGUAUGUCGAACCAUGGUCGAACACAUUCAGUUAUAAAUCUGCGGAUAUUUCGGCGUGAGGAUUUCCUCGGCUAAAACCAGGAUUUUGUCAGAGUGAAGACUGUCUGAAGUGGAGCACUUGUUCUGAAACUUAAACUUUUCGGAGGUUUGUCCACUUUUGGACCAAAUAUUUUGAGACAAGCUACAGUAUCCGUACGUAAGCAUGGCAACAUCAACAGCCCGGUUUGUUUUUAUCUCGGUGUUGUUGCUAACCAUAUGCUGUGCAAUCAGCUUUGCCCACUUGGAAGUGGAUCCGUCAAAGCUCAAGAACAUCCUGUACAAGUCAUGGUCGCCACCCCUUCAUGAAGCUACAGUGGAUACGUACAACGUGUCUGCUGCUUGUGAAGCUGAAAUCAAAAGGCUCAUCGGUGGUGAUCCCCGCACCCUUGAGAGCGAUGUCAUAAUGGCUCUGGAUGCCUUUGGCAAGCCACCAGCCGGUUUACUUCAGUUAAACUUUGGGUGGUAUGGACACUAUGAUGAAUGCAUGGCCAUAGAAGGGUUCAACUACUGCCUGACUGACCUGAUGUUGAACGUGACAAAGUUGUCGGAGCACCCCAAAAAUAGUUCUCUUGGAACAGGGUUUCCUGGCAUGGAAACGAUGGACAUCAAAUGGGGGAUAUGCGUGCCCAAAAACUGCAGCGACGAGGAUGUUGACGCUGUCAUAACUCACCUACUUGAUGCGCUUCAGGUAUUGGAGAGUGUCAACAUACCACGAGAUGUUCUCCAGGAGACGGGUGUUGUCUGUGCAAAGAAUCCAACAAUUCCGUACAGUGCCGGUGUCAUCUGCACUAUAAUUCUUUGCGGCUUCAUCGGUGCUCUGAUGAUCCUUGGUGCCCUUUAUGACGAGUUUCUCAAGCUCCAAGCUAAGAAGUCCAUCCACCACAGACUUAGGGAGGGCAUGCGACAGCCAUGGAGAUUGCUGGAUGAGACAGAUGAGGCAGAUGUAGCUGAUGACGAUGUACCACUUCUCAAGGAUGUGGGCACUGGGAAUUCCAUCAACAGGGAGAGCCCUUCGCCGAAGACACAGAGUCUGGCUGCCAGACUUCUCCUGUGCUUUGCCCUGAAUCGCAACGUGGCCAAACUGAUGGACACGAAGCAGAGCGAUGCUAGCGUGGGCUGCCUGAAUGGUGUCAGGGUCAUCAGCAUGUCAUGGGUUAUCUUAGGUCACACCGUUGCCUUUUCAGUGCUGAAUCCAAUAGACAAUCUUCCAACAUUCUAUCAUUGGAUAUCGACACAUCCUGGCUUCCAAGCUGUGGCCAACGCAUUCUUUUCCGUCGACUCUUUCUUUUUCCUGAGUGGGUUUCUGGUGGCCUAUCUUACUUUCGCUCGCUUCCGUGAGUUGAGGACCAUCAAGACAUGGGCUUUGUUUUACUUCCACCGCUAUUGGAGGUUGACACCCCUGUUUGCCUUCACCAUUCUGAUCUGGAUGUACAUCCCUCAAUACUUCGGCUACGGACCUGCGUGGCAGAGUUCUGCCUUCAGAGAGUUCUGUCCCCAGUACUGGUGGAGCUCGUUGCUUUACAUCAGCAACUUCUGGCCGAAAGCAUUUGGUGAAGAGUGCAUUGCCUGGACGUGGUACUUGGCUAAUGACAUGCAGUUUUUCGCCAUCAGCCCUCUGCUCAUGGCCCCGCUGUUCUAUUUUCCAUUAUUUGGUUGGUUGGCACUUAUUGCAACGCUGCUGGCUUCCUUCAUAUCAACUGGGCUCAUCAUUGGCCUCUAUGAUCUGCAGGUUUCUUUAGCAGGGUUGGAAUCGGGACCACCUGAUGCUAAUUUUUCAAGCUUGGUGUACGGCAAGCCCUACUGCCGCAUCGCUCCAUAUCUGGUGGGGAUUGGGCUGGGCUAUAUCAUGCACAGGAUUGGCAAACGCAGAGUCAAGAUGUCGCCGGUGCUAGCUGUGUUGGGCUGGUUGGUAGCCGCCGGCAUGGCACUGAGCGUGUUGUAUGGCCUGUAUCCAAGUUUCCACACACCAAUGACCAAGGCAGCAAACAUUGUCUAUGGUUCCAUUAGCCGCUUUGUCUGGGCCCUGGCCCUGGCAUGGCUGGUGUUUGCAUGCAAGUAUGGAUACGGAGGGUGGAUCAACAGUUUCCUGUCCUGGAGUGUGUGGGUGCCACUGGCCCGGGUGACGUUCUCAGCUUACAUGUUCCAUCCGAUCGUCAUAGAGGUUUUCUACGGCAACUUUGCCUCUCCUUUCCAUUUCUCUGUCUACCUGAUGGCAUUCUACUUCGCCGGCCUGGUCUCGGUGUCUUACUUUGUUGCCAUCCUGGUAGCACUGGCCAUCGAGUACCCCUUCGCCAAUCUGGAGAAGGUACUGCUCCCCACCCCAGCGAGGACCAAGAAAGUUGAGGGGCUUGACGGCCGGGCGACAAUGGCAGGUGACAGGGAGGUGGUCACGGUAGUCACCGGGCGCCCCGUGGAAAACGGACUCACACAGCGGGUGUCUGCCUACCAAAAAGGGCUUGCCGACUCCCGGGGAGUGUGAUUUGGGAGCGACAGUCGGUAAGUGCCUCCGGUGGGUGUUUCAUCACAAAAGGCUUCCAGGAUUUGUUUGAUUGGAACCUCAAAAGCAGAAUGUAAUUUCAUCCUCAUGUACCUCAUUCUUAGUGAUACGAUCAGGGCAGAAUUCAAUUUACAUUUUGUAAUUCAUAUUUUGCAUCUGGAGUGUAAUACAGUGGCAUUGCACUGUUUAAUGAGUUGAAUAAAUUUUGCAAUCAAUUUAGCCAAGUAAAAGUUCUCAGUCAGCCUUAAAAUGUAAAUCUGUGUAGCGGCUUCAAGUGGUCUGCACAAUUGUCUUAUCAAAUUAUGUCAUGUUCUGCUUUACAAUCUUCGAUAUCUCAUGUUUCAAUUGUGAAGUAAAUUAGAUGAGGACAUUUGAAAAAAUAGAUUGUUUGUACAAUUUUUGUACCAGAAAUAGAAGUCCAAGAUCAUCAUUGCUGUUGAGGAGAAUCGAAAUUAAUCAAGAAUUGUAGCAAGAGUUUUAUUGGGCGGGUCUUCACUGCUUUUAGGGGACCAGUUCUUCUGUUAAGCAAAUUAGGACUGAGUUGUCAGGAGAUUUCUUCCCCCCCCCCUCCACAAUUUUCGCUCCCCACAAAAUCGCUGUAAUAAUGAGCGUUUGUCCCAACAACUUUGCAACAAAUCGGUGUCUACUGUUCUGUGUAAAGUUUGUCAGGCUAACCGUGAUGACCACUUCAUGCUUUUGAGACAGUUUGACAUUGGGCUCAAUGUUUGUUGUCUGUCUUGGCCCAUGUCAGCUCACUUUAUACGUGACAAACGAUUACUUGCAAGACACCAAAGGGUCUGGAGAAUUAAGACUAAAACCAUGUUGCAAAACUGUCUGGCUGUGGCUACUCACUAUGGUGUAUCAGUGGGAGAAAAAGUGUUGCCAUAGCCUCAAAAGCUGUCAUUCAGAGGUGGCCUUGAUGUAUGUCACUGGCCGUAGAUGGACAACUUGUUGCUAGGGUCAGUUCGUCCCAUGUGUUUGUGAGCUGUUCCCGAUGGGAAGAGGAGGUUUCCAGGUAUUUCGGGAACAAAGCAUGUGCGUGAGUCAGUGUAUGGCUGCGCUGAUAGGACAGACGCGCACACGUGCAAGGGCAUGCAUAGCUGUUCCCAAAAAGCCUCCUACUGGGCAUGCACUGUUGAGAUACCGAACUGGCUCAUUAUGUAAAAUGGUAUUACAGUUUUGAGGGCUUCAAACAUUCUCCAUUUUGAUAUGAUCCUUUAGAAAUUUGCCCAUGUAAGGCUGAAAGACAAUCAUCUACGUGGUAGUUUUUAUAUUUCACGGAUCCCUCUCUACACCAUAUAAGCUCCACUCCCAGUAAGAAUUCUGCAGUCUCCUGAAGACGGACAGAGUACACUGUU